AUGACUGAGAAGGUGGAUGUUUACAACUGGGACCCGCACAAAGAUGUCUGCUACAAACUCUACAUCGAGGAGCGCAAGUCGCUCGAGGAGAUCAUGCAGUAUAUGCGAGACACUGCCAACUUCACCCCCUCGAAACGUGCCUUCCAGACCCAGUUUAAGCGCUGGGGAUUCCCGUCGAAGCGCAAACCGGCAUUCCGGGAUGAAGACUUGGUGGAUCGCGUGAAAGAGCUCUGGGAAGCCAACUACAGUCAGCGUAACAUGCUUGCAAUACUUCAUGAAGAAGGCCAUGACAUCAAAGAACGCGAACUCAUGAGACUACGGGCCAAGAAUCGAUGGUUGAUGCGUAUCCCAAAUGGUGCGAAACAAACCCCAGCCGAAGAAGAAGAGGCUCGAUUCGAGGCCCAGUUACUGGCCGCCGCGCAGAAUGAGGAAAGUCUCGAGGAACAGGCACCACCACCGGCUGUCGAAGAGCCCCCAGAAGAGUUUGUGCAACAACAACGAGAGAGACUCGAACGACUUCAGGCUAUCAGUGACGAGAGAUGGCGAGCCAAGAAGCGUCGUCGUCGGACCAAGGGUUAUGCUGGACUCCCGGCUGACCCUGCUGGACUUCCGCCUCGCUUUCCAUCCGAGACCACGCUUGAGGAGAGCCGAGAGAUUUUAUCUCUCAGCACGAAACAGUAUCGUGCGCUCCGAGAUCAAUUCCAAGCCAUCUGUCAAGAAGAGCAGAUCAUGCAGAAGACUGUCGCCGGUGCAGAAAAGUGGCAAGCCGUCAAGGAUCGACUUGUUCAGGAAAACCCUUUGCUACAAGCCGCCUUCUACACUGAUCCAUCGAACCGGCAGUCCAAAGAGCUUGCAUUGGACGUUAUUUGCACUGAUGUCACCAAGCGCAUUCGUACCAUGGGUCGUCGGCUCACCAUCUUGGAGUCCAAGAAUAUCCUUGGUCUGAAUCCCGAACAGAGCCGCCAGAUCCGCAGUGGCUUCUACAACAUCCUUGAUUCAGAACACUACACUAGCAAGUUGGAGAUGGGACCUGACAAGUGGCAGGAGUUCAAGGACCGUUGGAUUACAGAAACACCUCUUCUGCAGCAGAUCUUAGCUCCGGGCAGUGCAGAUCCUGACCAUGAGAAGAAAAAGGCGGCGCUGGAGCUUCUCUGCCGCGAUGUCAUGAAACGUGUCAGGGAUGAUCGGGCCAAAAAGAAGGGCACCUUUCGCAAGAAGGCCACGGAGAGUCCUGCUCGGACAUUGGAGGCAGUCGACACCAUCCAGGCGGCUGAGGCAGUUCAGGCAGCUCAGGCCGUCGAGGCGGCUCCGCAAGCACCUCCCAGCAAUGCCUACGAGCCGUCGCUGCCAGCCAAUCCAUUCGGCGACGUCUCAGCUGCAAUCCAGAACAAUGAUUUGUCAGAUCUUCAGAUCGACCCCAAUCUGCUGCAGGUGGCGGACAAUCUCGGAUCUCACCCAGUGUCGACCAUGACGCCGGUGUAUGUUCGACCGCAUGCCAAGUCGACCAUGUACAACAAUACCAAGAUGUGGCUGGGGUCAUUGUCCGGCCGAACUGUGCAAGAGCUACAUGCAAUGCUCUCGAUUAAGUAUCCAGAUGCCAAGGUGGCUCGCAUUGACGGCGUUGAGAAGGAUGCUGGAGGGAAUGACAUCUCAUAUCUGAUCGAGGAGGACGACGAGCUUGAUGCCUACCUCGAACAUGUCCAGGGACGCAAGGCCACAUUUGUUGUCCUGCUGACCAAGGAGUGA